AUGUCGAAUCCAGAAAGACAGGAAGUCCAAUCGGACAUGGAAGGUCAAUAUUGUCAGAGAAUUUGGCAGAAGGAGGUUCACAACAUUCCAUUCGUCCAGUCAUGCGACAAUCAUACAAAUCAGAUCCAACGAUGUGUCCGAUCUCGUGAUGUUCAGCUCAACAUUGUCGAGCUCGGAGAGGUUCGAGAAGGCGGGAUAGCGCGGAGACGAGCUUCAAAUUCGCGGCUCACCACUGAUCAGGAAAACGGCCCGGGAGUGCCACACCAAGCAGGAACUCCUCAACAAUCAGAAUUCUUCAUGAUACAAUGCGAGCCUUUCGACUCGACGACCAUCCGCAAGUCAAACACCAUGUCCGGUGUAAAUUCACCUUAG